UCUCUACUUUUGGCAAAACAAGUUGAGGUGUCUCUCAAAAAAUCUGUACUGGAAGGGGCAGUUGGGUGAAGAAGGCCUGAAACUUUGCCUAUAAAAGGAGAACCCUCUCAUAGAGAUAAGUUGUAAGUUAGAGAAUACACGAGAGAGAGAGAGAGAGAGAGAGAGAGAGAGGAGUGGCGCGGAGUUUUCCAGCAUUCUUUUAGUUUUUCAAGCUCUUUCACUGUUACUUAGAAAAAAAUGGAGGGGAAGAUGAGUUUGACCGUAGCUGAUGCUGUGGACUACAAGGGCUACCCAGCUGAUAGAUCUAGAACUGGGGGUUGGGUCUCUGCAGCUCUCAUCUUAGUGAUCGAAAUAUGCGAGCGGCUGUCUACGAUGGGAAUCGCCGUGAACCUUGUGACGUACUUGCGUGGCACAAUGCACAUCCCCAGCGCUGCUUCAGCUAAUAUCGUAACGGAUUUCAUGGGCACGUCGUUCCUCCUGUGUUUGCUCGGUGGCUUCCUUGCUGAUUCCUUCAUGGGUCGGUACACGACGAUCGCCAUCUUUGCGGUGGUCCAAGCACUGAUAGUCGAUGUGGUGAUGAAUCAGGGCACGGGCACAUUGGCGAUGACGACCUCAUUGCCGAAUCUCCACCCACCCCCAUGCGAGGAAACGACCACCCAUAAAUGUGAGCCGGCCAACGGUCGACAGAUGGGCAUCUUCUACUUAUCUUUAUACCUGAUCGCUCUAGGCACCGGUGGCCUAAAGUCUAGUGUCUCAGGGUUCGGGACAGAUCAAUUCGAUGAAGAGGAUGAGAAGGAAAAGACCCAGAUGACUUUCUUCUUCAACAGAUUCUUCUUCUUCAUCAGCACUGGGACCCUACUUGCUGUUACCAUCCUUGUCUACAUACAAGAUGAAGUGGGCCGAACAUGGGCGUAUGGGAUAUGUUCCGUUACAAUGUUUCUAGCAAUCAUGUUGUUUCUAUCAGGGACUAAGAGAUAUCGGUACAAGAAGAGUUCAGGAAGCCCUAUAGUUCAUAUUCUCCGAGUUAUGGUAGCUGCAGUAAGUAAAAGGAAGCUUCAAAUCCCUUCUAAUGUCAACUUCUUAUAUGAGGAUUGUGCUGGUGCAGCUAUAAUCCCUCACACAGAUCAAUUUCGUUGCUUAGACAAGGCGGCGAUCGUGGUCGAAGGAGAUCAUGAAAUGAACGGUCCCUCAACUCCAAACCCAUGGAAGUUAUGUUCUGUGACUAGAGUUGAGGAGGUUAAAAUGAUGAUCAAACUGCUACCUAUCUGGGCUACGACGAUCAUUUUCUGGACCACAUUUGCACAGAUGAUCACCUUCUCAGUAGAACAAGCUUCCACCAUGGAAAGAUCGAUUGGGAGUUUCCAAAUUCCAGCGGGAUCACUCACCGUCUUCUUUGUUGGAGCCGUACUGAUCACCCUAGCUUGCUAUGAUCGCAUAGUCAUGCCUCUUUGGAAGAAAUGGAAAGGGAAACCAGGUUUCAACAACCUACAGAGAAUAGCCAUUGGUCUCCUCCUCUCCACAGUAGGCAUGGCAGCCGCCGCACUUGCCGAAAUGAAGCGGCUCUCAGUCGCAAGAAGUGUUGGGCCCACCACGACUGACACCCUCCCGAUAAGCGUCUUCCUACUAAUCCCUCAGUUCUUCCUGGUGGGUGCUGGUGAAGCGUUCAUAUACACGGGCCAGCUUGACUUCUUCAUCACCCGGUCACCGAAAGGGAUGAAGACGAUGAGCACAGGCCUCUUCCUCACCACUCUCUCCCUCGGAUUCUUUGUCAGCAGCUUCUUGGUGGCAGUCGUGAAGAACGUGACUGGAACCACCAGAGACGGCGAGGGAUGGCUCACGACCAACAUCAAUAGCGGCCGGUUGGAUUGCUUUUACGGGCUACUCGCUGUGCUCAGCUUUCUUAAUAUGGGAUCUUUUCUAGUUUGUGCUUCUUGGUAUAAGCCAAAGGAAGGUGGCAAAGGUGGUGGUGUGGAGAUAGUGAGUGUUGUUGGUAAGAGUUCUGGUGCUGAGGAGAGGUGUUAGGAAUGAAUGUGUGAGAGAUGGUUUGUUUCUAUCGUUUUCUUAUUGUAUUGUGGCCCUUGUAUAGUGAGAGGGUUUGUUUUCAAAUUCAGUUGGUUUUUGGGUUCAUUUCUAUUAGCAUUUUCUUUCUUUCUUUCUUUCUUUCUUUCUUUGUUUUUCCUUCUUUUAAUGGUUUUAAGACUGGGCUGGUCCACAUAUAACCAUGAUGAAGGGUCAAAUGGCUAGGAUUUUUUAGGCAUUGGCCAUCCAAGUUGAGUCAACAGAUCAUUCACACUCUUGGAUCGAGGACCAUAAAAUCCCUACUCAACAGAUCCACGUUCAGUUGUUAUAGGCAACAUAGACAUGGGUUGGGCCCCACCGCC